CUCACAUGUGUGUGUCCAAACCCUGUCUGGGGGUGGGAGGAAGAAACCCCUGGGUGUCAGGUCUCGCAAAAAAGGAAGACUCCCAGGACAGGGCAUGCGUUAGCCCGACCGUCAGCCUGUCUGCCAGGAUACUAGGCGUCAGCGAAUCGGCCGUCUUUGUUUGCGUCGUCGUGUGCGCGUGGAUAGAUGCGAGAGGAUGAGCGUGUGCCUGCUGAUCCUGUGUCUGGCUUCGCUGCAGCGAGGGGGGGGAGCCAGGCCAGAGGCCCCCGGCUGCAGCGACCCCGAGGCACUGAGAGUGGCAGAGGAGGCCCUGGAGCAGGUCAACCGGGACCGGACGAGCGGAUACGUCCUGUCGCUCAACCGACUGUACGACCUCGCUCGCGGCGCGGACCAGGUGAACGACGGGUCGCUCUACAAACUGACCAUCGAUGUCUUGGAGACCAAAUGCCACGUGACCAGCAGGAAACCGUGGAAACAGUGUCAAGUCAGAGAUAUUUCUGAAGUUCCGGUGUACGGAGAGUGUGAGGUAUCCGCCCACGCCCACGCUCAGGUCAAACUUCAGAGCUACUCCUGCGUACUUCGCGAAGUUCCCGAUCUCGCCAUCGUGCGCGAGUGUCCCGACUGUCCCACGGCGGACAGUUUGGGCGAUCCCAUUGUCAUGGAAACGGCCAAACUCUCCCUGCAGCGGUUCAACGAAGAGAGCCGCCUGGCCAACCACUUUGCGCUGGAGAACAUUACGAAAGCCAGUUACCAGUGGGUGGUUGGUCCGUCCUACUUUGUGGAGUUCACCAUUGUGGAGACGGUGUGUUCAAGGACCACAGACGCCAGUGAGCUGAGCGGCUGCGCGCCGAUGGACUGCCAGUUCGCUCACAGAGGCCUCUGCCGGGGCUCGCACAUGAGCGCCGACGAGGAGUUUGACUUCAAGCCCCUCGCCGGCAAGAGAAUGAUGAACAGGAAGGCGGUGGACGUGACGUGCGAGAUCUUCGAACCGCAGGACGCCGCGGAGGAGGAGGUGCGGGCCAAGGCGUCGGGCGACAGUAGGCACGCCGGGCAUCAACACCACAACCACACACACCUGCAUCCCCACGAGCACUCGGCCGCACCGGGCCCUGUCGCCGCCGCCGCCAAGCCCCUCGGGACCGUGGUGGACAAGCCCGCCUCGCCCAGGUCGGCCCCGGCGGCCGGCUCCUGCCCCGGCCCCCGCAGGCACAACCUGGGCUUGAGCGACAUCAAGCUGUGACCGGCUGGACGCAGGCGGCAGGAAAAAUCAUGCAUGUUGUGAUCAGUUCCAUGAGACAAGAGAUUGUAAGCUAGAAGUAAAAUGCAGGAGGAGAAGAGAAAGUUGUACCAAUAUUAAUCCUGGUAAAAAAAAAAAUCAGAUUACAGUGAUUGUUUGAUCGAAGGUGGGAAAAGCCGGAAAGUUGUAUCGUUUCCUCCUAUCGUGUGAAUCGUUGGGCGAGUUUGAAAGUUUCCGUCAUCUCACUUUUGUCUUUGAAUCAUAAUAAAACUGUAAGAAACAAAA